AUGAAAAACGGUAUAUUGCUUAAAAAUUAGUUAUCAUUUUCAGGAAUAAAAAAACUAUUACUUCAUUUAGAUGAAUUGUAAGAAUAGUAUUUAGCUACAAUGGAUCAGACUCAAAUAUAAUUAUAUGAUAUAAACAGUUAUUCGGAUAGUAAACUUAAUCUGGUUUCGAUUUACUCAUCAAACAAACCUUUUGAAUUAUUAGAAACAUUGUAAAAUUAUUUAAUUGAAAUCAAAAAUGUUAAGAACUCUAAGUAUGUUAAAUUGAAUUGGAAAUUAAAACAACUAAUGUUUAGCUUAAAUAAAGCAAAAGCUAUAUAAUAACAAUUCUAAUAAUACUUAGAAGUAAUUUCUAAUAUAGUUCAAAAGCUUAAAUACAAGAAGGAAUGCUAAAUUUUAAUAGCUUCUUUUUCUUUGAUAUUAAAAAAACGAUAAAAAUUUCAGCUUAAACUAUUAUAAAAAAAUAAUCAACUUUCUGAAAAUUUAAAUAAUCUUUCUGAACUUGUAAUAAAAUAAGAGAAUAAUAAAGACAAUAUAAAAUAGUAUUUAGAAAUAAAAACUUUGCAAAAAAUAUUAGAUAAAAAAGUGGUUAUUAAAAUUUCAAAAAAGAAUUCCGCUGUAGAACCUUAAUCUUCAACUGAUAAAGUGAAAGAGGAAUAUCAUAAUUCGGGUAUUUGUUCAGAUAAUCAAAAACAUCUAUAAUUAUAUUAUGAUUAACCAUAAAUGUACUACUCAUUUUUCGACUUUUAAAUGUAUCAGUAAUAUUGCUACAUCAAUUAACUAAAAUAAACAGAAUGUAAUAUUUUGAAUACCUAAUUACUUUAUCAAUAACAUCCUUACAUUUAUCACUUCUAUCCUUAAUUUUAAUGA